AUGCUCUCCAUCUUCAUCGCCAUCAUUCUUGGCGAUCCUGUCCCCAAGAUCAUACGUGAUUGUGAUGCCUCGAAGAAAACGGUGUCGGCCUUCUGUGGUCUCGUUGGAGAAGUCUGUAACCUUUUCAAUGUCUCCCAGCGAGAACAUUGCUCUUACGAGUACAUACAAGCCGAUGAGACGGCCAUUGGCCGAAGGAAGUACCAUAGAGGUCGCCGACAACGUCAGUCGGGACCUCUGUGGGUACAGACCGUCGCUGGCAUAGAUCCCUGCUCUGGUAAGGUCCUGUAUGUGUCUUCCUCUUACGUCCCUGAUCGCUCUGCCAACUCCUUGGAGCCGCUCAUCAUGGACAUGGCUGCAGAUCGUACUCUUCUGGUGACCGAUCAGUUACGAAGCUACCAGACCAUUGUCAGUAGGAAUACUCAUUUUUUCUCCGAGCACCAGACAAUUAAUCACUCCAAACAGUUCCGCAACGAUGCUGGAUUCACCACGAAUGCCAUCGAGUCGGUCAACAACGUUCUGAAAACCGAGAUCCGCAAGAGGUUCUUUCAUUAUUGUCCUCCAGACGCUCAAACUGGUGUUGAACGUCUCGCCAUCGCCACUUUCGUCACUAAUUGUAGGCUCUCUAAGGAAGAUCUGGUCCUUCGCUUCUUCGCCGCCAUGAGGAUGGCUCACCAGAUGCUCGAGGCCGAUGCAUGA